UCCUGCACAGUAUUAUGCGUUCUACUGGUGAACUUCUCUUCUUGUCGCUCUCAUUUUUGUUUGUUUUCUUCACCUCUUUUGGACGAUGCCAGUUUCCCAAACAGUGCAUUACCAACGAUGGCGGCUCGUUCGUAGUUAUGGAAGAAUGUUGCCCAGAAGCUGUACCUGGGAAUAGUGCUACAAGAUGCGGCGGUCAAGGGAAAGGAGUCUGUGUCGCCUUGAACACGAACGACUAUCAUCAGCAGUUCAAUAGAUCCAGCUACUCAGCUUAUAUACAAAACGACCCACGAAUAGGAUGGCCCUACUCGUGUGGUGUGAGAAGAUACUGCAAGUGCGAAAAGAACUGGGAUGGUCCCGGAUGUACAGAGUGCGCUGAAGGAUACAUAAAGGAAACAGACAAUAGCUGUGUUGUCCGGACGGGAUCCCAAAUGCUUAUUCGUAAAAACGCAUUAAAAAUGAAUGACGAACAAUGGGCUACAUCUUGGAGAGUGGUCAACGAGUCCAAAGUUACAUACAGCGAUUACUUGGUGUAUACGGGAAAUGGAACCACAACCACAGACAGGAAUCCUCGCCUUGUCGGUAACUUCAGUUUUGUUGACAAUGUGACCGUUUACAAUGUUUUUGCCUGGAUGCAUUAUUAUGCAACAAAAGGAAAUUAUAAAGUAAUAGAGUACACGGGUAAUGAAGCGGCCAAUUUGAAUCAGACGAAUGGCAAACGGUUUGCGUCAGUGGCAGAAACGAAGGACCGAAUAUCGAGUCCGUGUGCGACCCCUCUAACCCGGAUAAGGACCAUGAAACAAUGUCUUGGAUGUAUUGUGGGAGCUUUGGAUAACAGAGAGCUACCAACCGCGGACGAACAAGCAAAGAUGCUAAACAGCGCGACCUCCUUUGAUGCACCGCCAUGGAACAAGGAGCCCAAUGGUGUCCAGAGCUUUCGAAACUCACUAGAAGGCUGGGUUCACAUAUCUACUAUCGAUCAACCAGGAAAUCCAACUUAUCACGAGUUUCACAACAGGGUUCAUAUUUACAUGGGUGGAAUUAUGGCCGACGUUUCGCCAGCUCCUAAUGAUCCAAUUUUCUUGCUCCAUCAUGCUAACAUCGACGGUCUCUUUGAAGUAUGGUUGAGAAAAGAAGACUGAGGAGAGUACGUGCCGAAUAGUAAUCAAGCCGGUCAUCCGGGACAUGCCAAGAAUGAUUGGAUAAUACCAAUUGUUCCCUUUGUAACGCACGGAGACAUAUACAAGACCGCACCGGUUCUUGGAUAUGAAUACGACAAUAUCGAGUUCCCAGAUGAACCCACUAUGGCUACUAAAGCUAGUGCAGCUACUGAAGCUACACAAGGGACUGGAGCAGCUGUACACAUGGCUGUUCCCGCUUUGAUGCAAACAUUUAUGGUUGCUGCUGCUGUUCUUGUUGGCUUAAUGUGUCACUAGUUUGCUUGAAAUGUUGGAUGACAGCUGACUAAUGCAUGCUAGAUUGCUGAAGCUGCUGGUUUAGUUUGUAGAGCAUCCCGGUUGGAAAUGCUGAUUUGCCGUAGUAGUCAUGCAUGCAGUACUGUGUUACUAGUCCAAUAGCAGUUUGUCCCUCUGAAUGUUGCUGUUUGCAAUUAUGCAAAUAUUUGAAUACAAAUCAUUGCAUCUCA